UGAAGCUUCCUGUCACCAAAUGUUAAGGUAAAGGCAGUCUCUCUUGGUGUGACAUCACUCCACUUGCUUGACUUGAAACAAGAGACGAGGAUUAGGGUUUGGGGAACAAGUCCAGGAAGCUGCAUCAACUGAUAAGACAGAGAACUAGGACUAUACUGUAUGGUGUGUGGCCGUACACACCCUAACUUCUGGAUAUGGCGGGUCUCUGUGGUCUGAAGAUCCUGCUGCUCUGGGCUGGAAUCAUCGGUUUGGCCAACUGUCAAAACACAACAGAUGUUUCAACCUCCUUACCUCCACACACCACCACAAACUCCACUUUAUCUUCAGUAACCAGCCUAUCUGUCACCUCCUCAACUCCACGCACCAUGACAGCAGCUCCUGUCAUGUCUACAGACACCUCAGUAACUGCCCCCAAACCUCCACCCACCUCACCAACUCUCACCUCAAACUCCCCAACUCAGACACAAAAUUCAACUACCAUGUCUGCCACUCCUCCUGCAAGCAUCUCACCCUCAUCCACAACCACUUCAGCCAGCACUCAAACAGAGUCUCAGUCAAACACCACUCAAAACCAGACCUCACUUCCAGCCACCACAGUAGCUACUGCCAUCAAAGUCAUCACACAAACCCCUCCACCUCCACAGUGUUCUUACACUGUCACACCCAUCAAGUCUGGCUUCAGGAUUAACAUUACAAGCUCCACCAAUGGUAGCUACACCAUAAACAUUAAUGAGGAGGGCCGACCUGAGACAGGAAUGAAAUUCGAGCACACCAAUCAAACCUCAUCACAUGAAAUCAAACACCUGAAGCCCUGUACUAAAUAUGAACAUAAUGUGGCAUUUACUGAUGAACCUGGCAAAGAAAUACCCUGUACCUGCACUGAAAAUAAAACUACAACAACUAAAAUGAGUAAAGAUGACAUUGAAGAUGCCAUCUGCCCUGGAUAUGUUUGUUACCGGAGUGAUUGGGACAUCAGCUCUUCACUGUCAACAUCAAAUAAUAUUUCAGCUGAGCCAUGCAAAAGUGACAAUAAAGCAUUCUGUAUCAAACCUGGUUACAAUGACAUCUGCUCAGAUUUGAUUACAACCUUCACUUCAGGACACUGUGUGGAUUCUCCCUUUAGCCUCAACAAAAGCAUCACUGUUGAUUUCUUAAAUCCAAGUGAAAUAAUACAGACUCGUCCCAAUAAACUUCCUGCAACAAUAAAACCAAUAUUACCUCCAAACUGUAAAAAUCUCACCAUUGAUUACACCUGUCAGGAACCUGGAAAACCCAACAAGCUUUUUCUGUCUGAGCUGGAGCCCUUCACAAACUACAGCUGUAUUGGUCAGAUCAAGGACAACAAUGUCACCAUAAACACAACUGCUAUCGACGUCCAUAUUGACUGUGAUCUUACAAUAAAAAUCACAAAGAGCCAUGCAACCAAUAACUCCAUUGAGUUGAGUUGGACCACGACCAGUCAGAACUGUCAAGAUGACCUUCAUCGUCUUCAGAACCUUUAUUAUGUCUGCAGUUGUCCUUCCUCCAAACGGAAACACAGGAUCAAACACAACAUAACAGGAGGAACAUGUAAUAUUUCUGGACUGGAACCAUUCACCGAGUAUACCUGUGAAGUCCAACCCACCUACAACAACAUGGACGUUGGCAAACGAGCAGCUAAAAAACAGCAAACUGAGGCUGGAAAACCACGAGAUGUUACUAACCUGAAGGUGACUGUUCCAGAGCAUAAUGUGAUUAGAGUAACCUGUGAUGGUCCUAAACAUUCAAAUGGACCUAAUAAGACAUUCAUUGCGCGUCUUCAUGGUGGCAGUGCCCCUCGGGAGCUUAAAUAUGAGAAAUGCAACUUUGAAUUCAAAGAUCUUAGCUACUCUACCAAAUACGAAGUGAAGGUGACUGUUUGCAACGGACAUUAUGAGAGCGACCCCAAGACAGAGAAUGUUUUCACUCUCUAUAAUGACAAAGCUCUCAUUGGGUUUCUGGUCUUCCUCAUCAUCCUCACGUCUGUGGCUCUGCUUUUGGUCAUCUACAAGAUUUUCAUCCUGAAGCGCAGAAAGUCCCAUGACAUGAAUGAAAACAUGAUGCUUAUUUCGACAACAAAUGAUGAGGAAAACCUGAUGCCUGUUGAGCCAAUUGCAGCAGAGUUUCUGCUGGAAGCCUACAAGAGGAAGCUCGCUGAUGAGGGAAGACUUUUCCUGGCUGAAUUUCAGAGCAUCCCCAGAAUUUUCUCGAGGUACACCGUGAAAGAGGCCAAAAAGCCCUGCAAUGUCCCCAAGAACCGCUACGUGGACAUCCUGCCAUAUGAUUAUGACCGUGUCCAGCUGACCACCGGAAAUGGAGAGGCAGGAUGUGACUACAUCAAUGCCAGCUUCAUUGAUGGGUACAAGGAAUCGAAAAAGUACAUUGCGGCUCAAGGGCCGAAGGAUGAGACUGUGAGUGACUUCUGGAGGAUGGUCUGGGAGCAGCAGUCCUCUAUCAUUGUCAUGGUAACACGCUGUGAAGAGGGAAACAGGGUCAAGUGUGCGCAGUACUGGCCGUCUCCAGAGCGAGAGACAGAGAUCUUUGAGGAGUUUAUAGUGAAGCUGAACUCAGAGAACCACUGUCCGGAUUACACCAUCCGCCAUCUCAGCCUAACUAAUAAGAGGGAGAAGAACUCAGAGAGGGAGGUGACCCAUAUCCAGUUCAUGAGUUGGCCAGACCACGGCGUCCCAGGGGAGCCACAGCUCCUCCUGAAACUGAGGCGGCGUGUGAAUUCUUUCAAGAAUUUAUUCAGUGGCCCCAUCGUCGUUCACUGCAGUGCGGGAGUCGGAAGGACAGGCACUUACAUUGGCAUCGAUGCCAUGAUGGAGGGUCUGGAGGCGGAGGGAAGAGUGGACAUCUACGGUUACGUAGUCAGACUCCGCAGACAGAGAUGUCUAAUGGUUCAAGUAGAGGCCCAGUACAUCCUGAUUCAUCAGGCGCUGCUGGAGCACAAUCAGUUCGGAGAGACUGAGAUCACUCUGUCUGAGCUCCACAGCACACUGAGCACGCUCAAACAGAGAAACUCAGACAAUGAACCCACCUUAAUAGAGGAGGAGUUUGAGAGACUCCCCAUGUAUAAAAACUGGAGGACAUUCAACACAGGGAUCACAGAAGAAAACAAGAAGAAGAAUCGUUCUUCAUCUGUCAUCCCAUAUGACUACAACCGAGUGUUGCUGAAGCUAGAUGAAGAACGCAGUCGUGAUAGUGAACCAGAUGAGGAAGAUGAGGAAGAGUCAUCCGAUGAGGAGGAUGAGGAGUCCACUAAGUACAUCAAUGCCUCCCACCUAGAUGGUUACUGGGGCCCACGCAUCUUCAUUGCAGCACAGACUCCACUUCCAGACACCAUGGCUGACUUCUGGUUGAUGGUUUACCAGAAGAGAGCAUCUACUAUUGUCAUGCUCUCAGACUGCAGUGAGGGAGAUAAGGAGUCUGACUGUCUCUACUGGGAUAAAGACAAGAAAACAUUUGGGGACAUUGAGGUGAAAGUGGCAAGCACAGACACCUCCCCAACUUUCAUUACCCGCAACAUGCUGAUCCGUCAUAUCAAGAGGAAAGAGAGUCGGUCGGUGAAACACUUCCAGUUCCUGAAGUGGAUGAGCAGAAAGCUGCCGGAGAAACCUCAAGAUCUCACAGACAUGAUCAAAGACAUCAAGCACAGCAAUGGCAGCAGCAAAUCACAAAGGAGCAUGCCCAUCGUGGUCCACUGCAAUGAUGGCUCGUCCCGUUCAGGGAUUUUCUGUGCUCUGUGGAACAUACUGGACAGCGCUGAGACUGAGAAGCUGGUAGAUGUUUUCCAGGUGGCCAAAACCCUACGCAAAGAGAGACAGGGCAUGCUCGUCAGCAAGGAGCAGUACCAGUUCUUGUACGAUGCACUGGAGGGGAUCUUGCCUGUCCAGAAUGGCGAAGUGAAAGCAGCACAGGCCCCUGCAGCCGCCUCCGUUCAGAUUGUCAAUGAAACCAAAGCACCAGAGCAGCCAGCUGAGGAAAAGGCUGAGCAGCCAGCCAGCACUACCAGCAACGGCCAGCAGGAGGCAGCAGAGAGCGUUCCUCUUGUGGCUGGUGGCGGGAAGGACGACAAAAAAGAGGCGCCUGAAAAUGUUUCCAGUGCCCCCACAGAGACAGCACCACUGGAGGACACCAGCAACGGCCCCACUGUCACUGUGGAGGUCUGAGAGAGAUGGCAGCAGGGGCAUGACUGUCCCUUUUACUUUUGGAAAUAAGCGCUUCAGCUGAAUGCUUUUUUUUUUUUUUUUUUUACUAUACUUCAUGAAUGUAUAAACAUUGUAAAGCUUUAACACAGUGUAGUACACAGUGUGGUUUUGGUUGAAAUUUGUUAAAGAAUUUGAUCAAAUGUUUUAAUGUCAAUUUCCAAAAAUAUGAUUUAAACUAAGUUAUAAAUAUUUUAGUAGGAAAAGGGUAACGAUGCAAAUAUUAAUUUCUGUGAGCAAAGUUUACCAGAAAUGCUGUUGUCAAACUAGGGGCCUUGGAUUUACUGUAUAGUUAGUUGUAUAGACAUCUAAAAACUAAAUUUUAGCUAUACAGUAAUAAAUUGUUGUUUUAUACCCCUUUAUAUUUGAGUUAGUUUAUGUAUUGUUGUAUUGUUGUUCUUGCUAAAUAAAUGAAUGCUGUAGUCUACAUUUAUAUAAAUCUGGUAUAGCUGAAUAAUAAGUCUUUAAAUUCUAAAUUUGUUAUGUGACACUGUAAUAUUUCAUUAAAAGAGACUUACAAAGUCUUA